AAAAAAAAAAAAAAACUUUUCUAGGGUUUAUGAUCCGCUAAAUCCCUUGGAGAAAAACUGAAAUCAAUUUCCGGACUUUGGACAUGGCUUUGAGACAUAUCUUAUCCUGGUGUGGAAGAUUGUCCUCCGCCUCGAGCCAUUCAUCUUCUUUACCUGGGAUAGUAAACUUCUCCUCCAAAUCUGGCCAUUUUGUUGUGAAAGUUGGUGUACCGGAGUUCUUGAACGGAGUGGGGAGAGGAUUGGAGAAUCAUGUGGAAAAGCUGGAAUCUGAGAUUGGGGACCUGCAGAAGCUUCUCGUCACUCGAACCAUAAAGCUCAAGAGACUUGGAAUUCCUUGCAAAGAUAGAAAGCUGAUAUUGAAGUAUGCCCACAAGUACAGGCUUGGGUUGUGGAGGCCUAGAGCCGAGCCAUUAAAAGCUAGAUGAGCAAUUUUCAUGUGUGGUGAGCGAGAUUCGGUUGUGAAGUGGACUAUGAAGCUCCCAAUGGCGUUUGUAGAAUUGUCCAUGAAAGUGGUCAACCUUUUCACAAGUGGGCACACAAGGAUUUGGAUUUGGUUCUUUGUUGCGAUCUCAUCUUAGUGUUGGUUCUCAAUGAUCAAUAAUUCCAAAAGGCUGUAACUUUUUCAAACAUCCUCUUUUUGCUCUACUUGGUCCCUAAUACGUAUUCACGCUUAAUUGGUCUUAUUAGUGAUAUUAGCAAUUCUGAGAGUCCUGAUGUUAGUUAUUUUCAGUCAUGAUUUAUCAGUCUUGAAUUAGAAGACCUUUUCAAGUUUACUGACAGUUCACAAUGAAAGAAAUUAUGUAUGAAGUCUU